UAUCUUCUCUAUAUUUUCCACUGCAAUACAAAUAAAAAAAAACGAGGCUCAAACUACUUCCGGCCACUGACUAUCUCAGAACCAAAACCACUCCUUAGUUAUAGAAAAGGGAGACAAAAUUAAGAGAGAACAAAUUAGUUAUGGAAGUAACUCAGAGAAAUUCAUCAACCACUCUCUUUAAUCAUCUUGCCUCGCCUAAUCUCUUUAAUUCUCCCAAACAAAAUUUAUCAUUUCCUCCCCAAAUUGAUACUAUCUUUUUAACCGCGAAAAUCAACACCACUUCACUGAAAUUUCCAAUCAAAAGAACGCCCUCAUCCAUUAGAUGUAUUGGAAACCCUAACCAAGAAGGAGGAAUUCUAUUGACUUGUAAGAAUUGUAAAACCCAAUUCAAUCUCUCUCUCAACCAUCCUCAAGCUUGCCGUUUUCACACUGCUCAUUUUGGAGGAGAAACUAAAAGAAAAUUUGAAAGCGUAUACAGCGGAGGUACCAUGAAUACACCAAAUGGAGGUGUUAUUCUGCAGUAUUGGCAUUGUUGUGGCUCAGAAGAUCCUUCUGACCCUGGAUGCACAGCAGCACCUCAUUCUUCCUACGACGACUGAUACAAAGUCGGAGAAAGAAGGUUCUUUUCAUUCUUCUAGAAAAGUUCCUAUCAACCCACAAUACAUUUCGAGUAAUAUUCAUGCUUUCUUUGUGUUGUUUGUGUACAGCUUAUGAUGUAUCAAGAAUUGCAUAUAGGCUGUCAAAUGUUGUAAAUCGCCUUCCACUUUUCCCAUUUUUGAUCCAACACCCGAUUUAACAGGGGAAACACUUGGCCUUCAGCCACCAGCUCUAUCUUCCCUGUCAUAGCAUUGAUGUCAAUCAACAUAUUUUUUACAUCAUUUUGUAAUUUCUAUACUGCUUAAAAUUGCAUUGAAGUCACCCAAAACUAGCCCAUGGAUAAUCGCAUACUUUUGACAUGCCAUAUGGUAUGGUCCUGUUUAUACUAGGGCUGCAUUUUUUUUUCUUU